UUUGUUUUAAUUUUAGUUUUUAAUUGUUACCAAUUGUUUUUAAUGUUAUGAAGCAAAUUAUAUUGAUUUUACUCAAUUUAAUCUAAUAAUUAAUUGUUAUGUUUAAGAGUUUUUAAGUGCAAAUUUUAUCAAAAUGAAGAAACGGAGGAAACAAACCACCAGCGACAGUGAGGAUGAGCUGCCUCUAACUAAACUCUGUUCAGAUACGAACUCAUACAAGAGCUUAACGAGGCAUAGUAUUGAAGUUUGUGAGUUCUGUGACAAAGUGUUUAAAAAUAGAUACAAAAGCAUAAUCCAUACCAUGACGCACAUCACAAUACCGCUAAUAAAGGACUCCUUAAAGCAAUGUUUGAGCUGUAAAUUAUAUUUUCCGUCACAAGAUGAUCUGAAAUGUCACGUGGCGAAGAAACAUAUCAAAAUUGACUAUACUAGUUUUAAUGGUGGAAAAACGCCACUCCCACAAUCUCAGGCAUUGAGGUUAGAGAGUAAUGUUAAAUUGGAACCAAUUUGUUUUGAUAAUAAGGAACCAAACGGUGACCUACAACUCAAGAACUUAAAGCUGUUUAAAGAUUUUAGCUCGUAUAACUCCUUUGAUCAAUAUAAUAAUGCUGUCAUUAAUAAUACAAGAAGAAAUAUAAAGAGUAGAAUACUUUUUGAGGAUGAAGAAAUACUAUCCUCGCUAGACUCAAAUUACCAGGAGAACAUAACAUGCAAGGAGGACUUGAAAAGUAAUCCUAGUACGUUUAAAAGUGUACAUUAUGAUGAACUAAUUGAAUUUGGCAGAUUUUACUGUAAAUUUUGUAAUAAAAUAUUGUACAGUAGAUAUGAUAAAAUCCUCCACGACACAAGUCACAUCUCUCUCAGUCUCGAGCCCAUGAAUAAGCUACACAAGUGUCUGAUCUGUGAGAGAUAUAUCACAACGACCAUGAGAAAGCACAUACUGGAAAAACACCAGACCACAUUGAAAAAGAGACAUCUAAAGAGUGUCGGCAAAAAGUGCUACAUCUGCCACUUAGUGUAUUAUAAUAAAGAAAGGCACAGAAUGACGUCACACCAUAAGUACCACCUCUCUCUGUCCCUGUCUAAAAAGCACAACCAAGCUGUGAAGAAGAGAAUAAUCAUGAAGAAUGAAAUUACAACAAUGAAACUGUGUGAAUUGUGUUAUGUGAGAGGGAGAAGCAAGUCUAGUGUUUUAAAAAAUAUAUCUGAGUUGAACAAACAGUGUUGUGAUAAGUGCAAGGAGGUUUUCUUUGAGGGAAAGCUGGUUAGGGUGCGCGUUGUGAAGUCUUGUUUGGAGGGAGCGGCCAGGACUAAUAGGGAACACUGCAAAUCGAACCAAGAUCGCUUGAAGAAUAUACAGAAUAGAUUGAAAAUAAAGAGUUAUGUGAAAUGAG